AUGGAACUCGUCAAGCCUAUUACAUCCGAUCAUGAUCUAAUUGAACUUGCCAAGCGUAUUGGGGUUCAUCUCGAUGCUAUCUUUGAGUCAAAUGAGAUCACAAAGCCGCUUCCGAAGAAAGGAUCAUAUCUGGUUCUACUUAGAUCGCCUAAUCUCGAUGUAGGACACUGGCAGGCUGGCAUCGGGCGAUACAAUCCCAAACAAUAUCAAGGCACUUAUGGCGAUUAUUGUGGAAAUAUAGCAAUAAUGUAUCGCGAAUUGACGAUUUCCAGCGAUGUUCCAGCUCCCAAGCUGACUAAAGCCCUCAAGACAGGUAAGCUAAGUCUUACAGCUGAUCAACUCAAGGGUUCAGGCUCUGUUAUCCAUCUCCACCCAGCUUCGUAUGAGAAAGCACUAAAGGCACGCAAGGCGGGUCGUGGGGAGGAUCCAUUUGGAGUCAAAUCAGGGUUAUCGACAGCAUUCAAAUUCGUAAAAGAUAGUGAUUUGCUGAGCAAGGGUCUGGAUGCGGCAGUGCCUGCUAUUGCUACAGCGUUUGGAGCCCCUCAAGCAGGAAUCCCCGCAAGGGCGGCUAUUAAGUCAUUGACAGGAGUUGGAGUAUAUGACUCUGACAGCGAUACCCCUGAGAAAGAAGGUGGUCGUAUUUCGGUAGCGGAUGUUAAGAAGGCGGCAAAAAAUGCUCUCGGGUAUGCUAAACGUAAGGGGAUUCUAACUGAUGCAGUCAAUGCAGGCGAGAAGUUUCUACUAUCAAAAGCAACCAAGCCAGAGCAUGAGAACCUGAUCAAAUCGGUUCGAGGUGAGGUAAAGAGACGCUAUGGUGUAGGAGUCCCUAAGAAACCAGCUAAAGGUUCGCCCGAAAUGAAGGCUCAGAUGGCUGCACUCCGUGCUAAACGUAAGAAAGCAAUGAUUGCUGGCUCUUUUCGAUUAAAUUAG